UCAGAGGAUGCCCACGUGGCUGGAUGGAUAUAUGGUCAUCUUGCUAUUUCUUCAGUAGAACAAAAAAAACUUGGCGAAAAGCAAAAGAAAAUUGUCAAAAGAAAGGAGGAUUUCUUGCUGUUCCAAAAAAUAAAGCUGAAAAUGACGCUAUUUGCAAAUUUUCACAAAGAAGAAAACUUACAUAUCCUUUUAUUGGUUUGUUUCGCAAUGAAAGCGACAAUAAAUUUUAUACUCUCCAUAAUGUAAAACCUACUUUUAUAAAUUGGGGUCCUGAAGAACCAAACAACGAAGGUGGCAAUGAGGAUUGUGUGCAAUAUAAGAAUUACUAUGGCCGUUGGAAUGAUGAACCAUGCAGUAGAUCACACCAUUUCAUUUGUCAAGCUAACAAUGGGAGUAGUUGUCCACGUGACUGGGUAAAGCUUCGAUCAUCUUGCUAUUUCUUCAGUGAAACAAAAAAAACUUGGCAAAAAGCAAAAGAAAAUUGUCAAAAGAAGGGAGGAUUUCUUGCUGUUCCAAAAAAUAAAGCUGAAAAUGACGCCAUUUACAAAUUUUCACAAAGAAGAAAACUUACAUAUCCUUUUAUUGGUUUAUUGCGCAAUGAAAGCGACAAUAAAUUUUAUACUGUCCAUAAUGUAAAACCUACUUUUAUAAAUUGGGGUCCUGAAGAGCCAAACAACGAAGGUGGCAAUAAGGAUUGUGUGCAAUAUAAGAAUUACUAUGGCCGUUGGAAUGAUGAACCAUGCAGUAGAUCACACCAUUUCAUUUGUCAACGUAUGAGGAUAAAAUAUAUUAAUGAAUGCUUGUCCGACCCUUGUCAUGUCAAUGCUAACUGUACUGACACUAAAGAAUCUUUUGAAUGUCAAUGUAACGAAGGAUACACUGGAAAUGGGAUCUCUUGCACGAAUAUCAAUGAAUGUUUGAAUGUUCCUUGUGAUGUCAAUGCAAACUGCACUGAUAACGAAGGUUCUUAUGAAUGUCAAUGUAACGAUGGAUACACUGGAAAUGGACUCUCGUGUACAAAUUUACCAACUUCGCCAAAGUCUUCAUCUGUUGAGUCAACAAUCAUAGGUGUUGCAGCUGGAAUAUCAGCUGUUGUUGUUUUUGUUAUUAUUAUUGUUGUUGUUGCCGUUGCUUGCUUCCUUAAAUCAAAAAAAAAAAAGGAACAACAUCAAGUAGUUGAGCUUGAGACAAAAAUUGAACAUGACAAUGGAGAUCAAAUAUACGAUGAUGUCAUCGGCAAAAUUCCUCCAAAUUUUAGUGAAGAGCGUUGUGAAAUCAUUCAUAAACAGGACGUUCCUCUCCCAAAGCUUCCGACACAAAAUGAAGACGAUGAAGGUAGAUCAGAACAUUCACCAGAGAACUUGGACUACGUAGCAGUAAUUGACCAGCAUUAUCAGCCAUUGAUUCUUCAAAAAAACGCCGCACCCACUGAACAUGCUGACCAGCAAGCGUUGCCGAGUACUAGCUUUAAAAAGGCGAAUAAUGGUACUGAUCUGCAGGAAAAGUUAAUUAUCACAGCAUGAAUGGUAUGCCUAACAAGUUGAAAUAUAUUCUGGAUGAAAUAUCAAGUAUGGUAUGGUUAAGUAUGUACUACUCAUGCUGCAUCAACGAAUUGAGGUGCUAGCUAAAGUUUUGUUUUAAUCAUGGUGGGGAGAUUGUCGGAAGUCCGCUCCAUAAACACCAAUGAAUAUAUGAUUUUUACUUAAUUGUUUAGUAUGUAUGAAGUAUUUUGUAGGAAAUGCGCCUCUCUGCACCACUCCUCAAAAUUCAUUUAUGCAUUUUAAAUCUUGAGAGGACUAUUUUCAAGAGAAUUGUUUCCUUUCAUUUCAUAAAGAAGAAAAUGAACUCGUAAA